CAGUACGUAUUCAGUGCUCAAGCGGCGACGACGUCGUGUUGUGGUGUUGUGUGCGUGGUGUGCGUUCCAGCAGUAAAGCAAGAGAGGGAGAACAACACUAAGAAACCGGGUAAAGAACGAUUCACAAUAUCCAGACCAGUUUUUCGCCGUCAAUUGUGGUAAUGAUGCGCUGAACUCCCACUCGCCCACUCUCUCUCUCUCUCUCUCUCUCUGUCGAUUGUGUUGUGUGCGCGUGUGUGUGUGUGUGUAUUGGUGUUGCCAAAAAUAUAGAGCUUAAGCAAUUUAUAGCGGUAAACAACAUACGCCGCUACAACAUUUGUCUCUCGCGUUUUCAAGUUAGCAAAAAGCAGAAACAGAAAAUCAACAAAAUGAGCAGCGACAAGCAUGCCCAUUGGUACUUUGGUGGCAUUGCCAGCGUUGGAGCGGCAUGCGUGACACAUCCUCUGGACCUGCUCAAGGUGACGCUGCAGACGCAACAGGGCCAUUUGUCCGUGCUGCGCUUGGUGCCAAAAAUCAUGCAGGAACAGGGUGUCCUGGCCUUCUACAAUGGUUUAUCUGCCUCGAUCCUGCGCCAAAUGACAUACUCAACGACACGAUUCGGUGCCUACGAGGUGGGCAAGGAGUUCGUCAACACCGACACCUUUGCGGGCAAAAUCGCCCUGGCCGGCCUCUCGGGCAUGAUUGGCGGCAUCUUUGGCACGCCCGCAGAUAUGAUAAAUGUGCGCAUGCAAAACGAUGUCAAACUGCCGCCCGAACUGCGUAGAAACUAUCGCUCUGGUGUGGAUGGCAUUGUCAAGGUGUACAAGACGGAGGGCUUCAGGAAGCUAUUCUCAGGCGGCUCGACGGCGACGGCUCGUGGCGUCUUCAUGACCAUUGGUCAGAUUGCCUUCUACGAUCAGAUCAAAUCUACGCUGUUGGCUACGCCCUAUUUCCAGGACAAUCUGGUCACGCACUUCACCGCGUCACUCAUGGCCGGCGCCAUAGCCACGACGUUAACGCAGCCCAUGGAUGUGCUGAAGACACGGUCAAUGAAUGCCAAGCCCGGCGAAUAUAAGAGUCUCUGGGAUAUUGUGCUGCAUACAGCGAAGCUGGGGCCGCUCGGCUUCUUCAAGGGCUACGUACCGGCAUUUGUGCGUCUGGGUCCGCAGACGAUAUUGACGUUCAUGUUCCUAGAGCAGCUGAGAUUAAAUUUCGGCUACGAGAAGCAGUAACAUUCCCGCCUGCAACUAGUUUAAGAUGAUGUUAAUUGCAUAAAUUGCAGCUGUUGGCUUUCGUUUUUAAUGUAUAUAAUUUGCGACUUUUAGAUCAAAAUUGAAUUUUAUGUUAUGUAAGCUUUGAUCGAAUUAUAAACAAUAUUCAAGCUGGGCGGAGUUUAUCUCGUUACAAGUCCAUUUAAAAAAAAUACAUAAAUUCGUGAUUGUUAAAAAACA